ACAUAUCUUCUUCUCUCUCUACAAAACACCCACCCACACACACACGCACAGUGUGAAGCUUUUUAUCUCUCUGGUGUAGUUAUGGCAGGAAGGAAGAGAAGGAAACUCAGAUUGUUGUCGGAAACGUUUAAAGAUGAUAAAAGAGUAUCGAUCAAAGAAAAUAGCGAGCAGGAGGCAUGGUCUGUGCUUCCAGUAGAGCUUUUGGAAUUGAUAAUUUCCCGGUUAACGUUAAAGGAUAACAUUCGCACUUCUGCUGUUUGCAAAAGAUGGCUCUCGGUUGCUCUUUCGGUCAGAAAGGUAAACAAGCCACCGUGGCUUAUGUACUUCCCAAAACUCGGCCACCUUUUUGAAUUCUACGAUCCAUCACAGCGAAAAACGUAUUCUGUUGAAUUACCGGAGUUACAUGGAUGUAGGAUAUGUUACAAUAAAGAUGGUUGGUUGUUGCUAUACAAGCCAAGAACACAACGUGUUCUAUUCUUUAAUCCCUUCACACGGGAAAUGAUUAAGUUGCCAAGAUUCGAAAUGACGUAUCAAAUAGUUGCGUUUUCGACUUCUCCCAAGUCUCCGAACUGUAUUCUUUUUACAGUUAAGCAUGUUAGUCCAACUGUUGUUGCUAUCAGCACUUGCCAUCCGGGGGCAGCAGAGUGGACUACAGUCAAUUACCACAACCGCUUGCCGUUUGUUAGCAGUAUUUGGAAUAAGCUUGUUUUCUGCAACGGGCUAUUCUAUUGUUUGAGUUUAACUGGAUGGCUGGGAGUUUAUGAUCCACAGGAGCACACAUGGAGUAUCCGUAUUGUGCCUCCACCCCGGUGUCCUGAUAAUUUCUUUGUGAAAAAUUGGUGGAAGGGGAAAUUUAUGGCGGAGCAUAAAGGCGAUGUCUUUGUUAUAUAUACGUGUUAUAGUGAAAAUCCGAUUAUUUAUAAGCUAGAUCAGGCAAAUAAAGAGUGGGUAGAAAUGAAAACUCUUGAAGGUGUGACCUUAUUUGCUAGUUUUUUGUCGUCCCAUGCAAGAACCGACCUUCUUGGAAUGAUGAGGAAUAGUGUGUAUUUCUCUAAAGUUCGUUUUUAUGGGAAACGGUGCAUAUCGUACUCUCUUGAUCACCGAAGAUACUACCCUCGGAAACAGUGCCAUGAUUGGGGAGAACAAGAUCCGUUUGAAAGCAUUUGGGUCGAACCACCUGAAGACCAUUCAACCUUCAGCUGGGAAUAGUUGAAACAGUGUGGUGGUUACGACAUUGUUCUCAUUUGGCAUUGUGUAAAGCUGAAUCCUGUGGAAGUGAGCUGAGCAUCGAUGUAUAUUAGGUAAAACCAAAGCAGAAGCAGAGUAGAUGAAAUGGAAUGGAAACAGGAAUGCAGCUUUCAAAAUGAAUACAAUGUUGAGCAGUUGUAGUUGUAGUUGAGUUACAAAGUUAUAUAUAAAUUAAUAAUAAUAAUUUAUAGUAGUUGAUUAUUAUUUGGGAAAAGGAUCACAUAAAUUAUCUCUUCUCUUUUUUUUAUUUC